UGAGGGAGGAGGGCUAGCGUGUCUGUCUUUGUACCCAGACAUAGUAGCGUGAAAGCACGCUGCUCUGAGUCAGACGAGCAGACAAACCGCGGACACCUCGUGGUUGAGCCCGGCCGGCAUCACACCGCACACCCGACCGACGGAGAGAGAGGAAGAAGAGACCUGCGACACACCGACAGUCGGGAAAGCGCGAAGCUUUGUGUCCCUCAAGUGAAGAACAAGAAAGAGGAAACUCAGCUGAAGAUGUCGGGGUUAAAAAAGAGAAACUCGAACUCCUCUGGGGACAAGGAGGAGGACGACAAGCAGGUCACGGAAAAGAUGCUGUCUCCGGGCGGGGAGACGGGAGAGUCGAACCGGGGAGGAGAACCGGGAAGUGAGCCUAGCAGCCCCAACCACACCGCCGGAGGAGAGAAAGCGGAGGGAGGGGUCGCCCUGAAGAGGACCAUCACCCUGUUGAACGGUGUGGCUCUCAUCGUGGGCACCAUCAUAGGCUCGGGCAUCUUCGUCACCCCAACCGGCGUGGUGAAGGAGGCCGGCUCGGUGGGUCUGUCCCUGGUGGUGUGGGCGGUUUGCGGGGUGUUCUCCACUGUCGGAGCCCUCUGCUACGCGGAGCUGGGGACCACCAUCAGUAAAUCCGGAGGGGACUAUGCCUACAUCCUGGAGGUGUACGGCUCCCUGCCGGCUUUCCUCAAACUCUGGAUCGAGUUGCUCAUCAUCCGGCCGUCCUCGCAGUACAUCGUCGCCUAUGUUUUCGCCACCUACCUGCUGAAGCCUAUGUUCCCCGAGUGCCCGGUGCCGGAGAAUGGGGCCAAGCUGUUGGCCUGCCUCUGCAUCCUCCUGCUGACUUUAUAAAUGCUACAGGUGUCGAAGGCG